AUCUCUCUCCUCUCUCUCUCUCUCUCUCCCUCUCCCUCUCUCAUAUAUAUCGACUUCUCUCUCUGUAACGGGAACGUAUUUAACGGCUUUUCCCUCCCUCCAUUUCUCUCUCACUUUCCAUAUCUCGCAGAGCGGACAUCAGCGCUGUGAGCCGUCGGAUCUCUAACGGAACCACCGGCGCCGUUGAUGCGCCUCCAACAUGGUGUCCCGCUAUUAUCCCUCUCUCUUCCCUCCAUUAUUUAUGCUUAUCUCACUCUCUCUGCAAGUAAUAUCCACAGUCAAUGGAAGCCCACCUCGCAAUUCCUCCGCCAUAGCCUCAAUCGAUCCCCAUCUCUAUCACACCGGGGAUGGUUUGAUUCAGGAAGUAAAAGAAUUGGUGGGCCGUCAUCCUGAGAGAUUAACAAUGGAGACAUGGAAGAGUAGGAACAAGAGUUAUUUUGCAGAGAUUCUCAUCGUUACUUUCAAUCACGGGGGCCAUGAAAAUCCGGACAAAUAUCGCAUUCUUCUUAGUUUUGGACAACAUGGAAGGGAGUUGAUUACCUCAGAAGUUGCAUUGAGGCUGCUGGGCAUCUUAUGUGGAGAGUAUGUUUUGCCCGGUGUGGACCCGACGUCUUUGAAUCAUGCAUUAGAGAAGCUUGUAAUCAAGAUUGUGCCAAUGGAGAAUUUGAAUGGCCGUAAACUUGUGGAGGCAGGGGAUCUUUGUGAAAGGAGGAAUGGAAGGGGAGUUGAUAUCAACCGGAAUUGGAGUGUAGACUGGGGUAAGAAAGAGAAGGAUUAUGAUCCUUAUGAAGAAAACCCUGGGAGUGCACCUUUUAGUGAACCUGAAGCUCAGAUAAUGCGAAAGCUCUCCCAUUCAUUUCGGCCCCAUAUAUGGGCUAAUGUACACUCUGGAAUGGAGGCUUUAUUCAUGCCAUAUGAUCACCUAAACACGACUCCCAAAGGGAUAGCAUCCCAAGUAAUGCGAUCUAUGCUGCAACACUUGAACCAUUUGCAUUGCCAUGACAAGUGCAUGGUUGGAUCCGGAGGCGGCUCUGUUGGGUACUUAGCUCAUGGGACAGCGACAGAUUACAUGUAUGACAUAGUCAAGGUUCCCAUGGCAUUUACCUUCGAGAUAUAUGGGGAUCUUGAUGCCUCGAACAAAGAUUGCUUUAGGAUGUUCAACCCCAUUGAUGCUUUCACUUAUAAUCAAGUUCUUCAUGAUUGGUGCUCAGCAUUUAUCUCAAUUUUUGCGAAUACCCCACAUCGGAUACAGGGUAUCAUUGCGGGAAAAGGGACUAAGACAGGAGAGAUGGAGCCAAGAAAUGUCCACAUGGAUCAAGACUCAAAAUGGGAAGAUAGAAAAGCCUUGGUACUGGUGGAUUCCGGGGAAUGGCUAGAUCUUGCGAGACAAGAAUUGAGAACUUACGUUAAGUUUUUUGCCAUUUCUUCCGCUCUUCUCAUAUUUUUCUUUUGUUUUAGAAUGUCGAAAGGGAAAGCUGAAUCCCAGUUACGAAAGAUGUCAACCACGGGCAUUUGAGGUCCCAUAGUUUAAUUUAUUUUUGAGAUGAGCAUUUUUGCUAUUUCAUGUUCACUGGGAUACAAAGAUUGGAGAUUUUGGCAUUUAAAACUGAACAUGAGCCCUGCAAACGCACGUGCGCGCACACAAACACACACGCACGCGAUAUAUACUAAUGAUUGUGUGAGUUUAUGCUUC